AUGAGACUCCGCGAGACCAUCCGUCUGCCCAAUCGGCUCAACGAAGAGGCGCACACUUACACAACCGCAAGAAGAGCGCCACGCCGAGUCAUCAGUUCAUAUCAGUCCAGGGCCGAUACCUUCAAUCCCAACCUCCCCCCUGCGGCUUUCCCUACCUUGGAUCGACCGCGCCACCCGCAGCUUCGCACCGAUGACCCGACUCACGAGGGCAAAGACAAUGGCAGUCGCAAGCGCUCGUACGAGUGCAUGAUCAAUAAUGCUGAUAUCGAUGGCCCGGUCUUGGAGACGGCUGCGGAGCCCAGAGCUGAAUGCGAAGAGAUACCCGUCGAGCAGAUUGAUAACUUGAUUGCGAGUAAUGGCGAGCUCAAUCCGAUCUACGUCAAGAACAUGGCCAUCAUGGCCCAAGCAGAAUCGGAGAGCGCGACGUUCGAGAAGGGUAUGGAAGACAGUGACACGGACGAGGAAGAGGAUGACGAGCCUGUUGUUGAGCCACUUACGGCUUCCCAAUGGCGCGAUCUGUCGCCACAAAUGCAGGUUGAGGUCUUCGAGAAUGUGGAGGAAAGCCAUAGUCGACCGGCCAGGAUCUUGCUUGGGAUCUCAGAAGAGGACAUGAAGGAGCUAGAGCGCAAUCGAGGACUUCGCGCGAAGCAGUUGGAGAAGGAAGACAGGCUCCUGGAGGCAAUGCGUGGGAAGCAGCUCGGAGCGAUCCUUCGGACCAACAAUGUCACCCCGCGAGCCACUCAGGUGCAGCCGAAAGUGGCAUGCCAGAUGAUUCUGCGCCAGUCUCUUCGCAAGAUCAAGCGGGCUAUCGCACCGGAUUUCCUGAUCUGUCCGGCCGAUGAGGUACUCCGCGCUCGAAGGUUCUUACUGAAACGUGAGAUGGAUGGGGAGCUUGCAGGCGAUUGG